UGUCUUCCUCAAACCCUCAAGCUAACAUCACAUGUGCUUGUCUCCAUAAUUUCAUACUGAAACAAGAAGCAGCAAAUCUAAAGAGAUCCCAUUUAUUUCUUUCUAUAUUUUCACAUCAAUUAGCAGUGUUGUAAUCAAAUGUUGUCUGGAUUACCAUAUUACUGCUAUCUCCUUUUGCUUCUCUGCUUGACAACAGUUUGUUUAGCGGGAGACCCUUAUAUACAUUAUGAGUGGACUGUUUCCUACAUUACAGCUUCUCCACUUGGAGUUAAGCAGCAGGUGAUUGGAAUUAACGGUCAAUUUCCAGGGCCCAUUCUCAAUGUCACUACCAACUGGAAUGUGGUUGUGAAUGUUAAAAAUGAUCUUGAUGAGCCUAUGCUUCUUACAUGGAAUGGUAUCCAGCAGAGAAAAGAUACAUGGCAAGAUGGUGUAUCUGGCACAAAUUGUCCCAUUCCUGCUGGCUGGAAUUGGACAUAUGAAUUUCAGGUUAAAGAUCAGAUAGGCAGUUUCUUUUAUUUCCCUUCCUUAAGCUUCCAGAGAGCUGGUGGUGGAUAUGGAGGGAUCACUAUAAACAACAGAAAUGUCAUUCCUCUGCCAUUCGCAACACCAGAUGGGGACAUCACACUCUUUAUUAGUGACUGGUUUAUGAAGAGUCAUAAGGAACUCAGACAUGAAAUCGAAACUGGAGUUGGCCUUGGAGCUCCUGAUGGUAUUCUAAUCAAUGGACUAGGUCCUUACCAUUAUGAUAAUGCCGUUGUAUCAGGCGGUAUAGUCUACCAGACAGUGAAUGUAGAACCAGGAAAAACAUACCGCCUUCGAGUACACAAUGUUGGUGUUUCAACUAGCUUGAAUUUCAGAAUCCAAAGUCAUAACCUUCUUCUUGUGGAGACUGAAGGUUCAUACACAGUACAACAGAACUACACAAGCUUGGAUAUCCAUGUUGGUCAAUCAUAUUCAUUCCUGGUCACAAUGGAUCAAAAUGCCAGCAGUGAUUAUUACAUUGUUGCCAGUCCACGCUUUGUUAAUUCCUCUGAUUCGUCGAAGUCGGUAGGAGUCUCUGUCUUGCAUUACUCAAAUUCGCAAGGACCCGCUUCAGGUCCUCUUCCAGACCCUCCCAAUGAAUCUGACACAUAUUUCUCAAUGAGUCAAGCGAGAUCCAUAAGAUGGAAUGUUUCUGCUGGUGCUGCACGGCCAAACCCCCAAGGAUCCUUCAAAUACGGUGAAAUCACUGUGACGGAUGUCUUUGUCCUUCAUAAUAGGCCUGCAGAGCUAAUAGAGGGGAAGUGGCGCACUACUCUCAGCGGUAUUUCAUACUUAGCGCCAUCAACACCUCUAAAACUUGCUCAGCAAUUUAACGUCCCAGGCGUUUUCAAGCUUGACUUCCCCAAUAAAAUGAUGAACAGGCCAGCAAAAGUUGAUACGUCAGUAAUUAAUGGUACUUUCAAAGCAUUCGUGGAAAUCAUAUUCCAAAACAAUGAUACAACUGUUCAGAGCUAUCACCUUGACGGCUAUGCCUUUUUUGUUGUCGGCAUGGACUAUGGGCUAUGGACAGAGAAUAGUAGAAGCACCUACAACAAAUGGGAUGGUGUUGCUCGAUGCACUACACAGGUGUUUCCAGGUGCUUGGACUGCCAUUUUAGUCUUCCUAGACAAUCCUGGCAUUUGGAAUUUACGUGCUCAAAACCUUGACUCGUGGUACCUUGGCCAAGAAACUUAUGUUAGUGUGGUGAAUCCGGAGAUCACAGAGCUUCCAGUUCCAGCAAACACCAUCUUUUGUGGUGCACUGUCACCUCUACAGAAGGACCAAGCUCGGAGAGUAAAUUUCUCUAGUGCACCAUCAUUGACGAAAACAAUCAAGCUGAUCUCUAUAGGCUUUGUCGUAUCGCUACUUGGAAGUUUUAUGAGGUAGCAAAUUGACCUUAAAAGCAGAAGAAUGAUGGAAAUUGCCACUGAAUGAGUCUUUGGGCUAACUGUUUUUUCUUUUUCUAUGCCUUGUAAUAUGUAACUAGUUGAACCCUAUAUUUAGGUAUCUGCACGUUAACUGUGAAUCUAUUUGUGUUUCUUGUAUGGUAAAAUAUUAUUCAAAUAUAUUUAUAGAACAUUAUUCUUGGCACUUUA